AUGCCAUUUAAUUCUAAUGAAUUUCAGAAUUUUGCGACUGAUUGGGAAUUUGUUAUAACUACGUCAAGCCCUAGAUACCCAAAAUCUAACGGACUUGCGGAGAAAGGUGUAAGUAUUGCGAAAUCAAUACUUAAAAGAUCGGAUGAAGGUAAAGUUGAUAAACAAUUAAUGUUGUUAGAAUAUCGAAACAGUGCUAUCAUUGGCUCUAAGUUUUCCCCAGCACAACUUUUAAUGAGUCGCACUUUAAGAUCGAAAAUUCCAAUCUUAAACAAUGCUCUACAGCCUACAGAUUUAUUAACUAAAACUUGGAAGCCAGGUAAAAUCAUCAAUAAAUACAAUACGCCCAGAUCAUAUGUUUUUAGUGAUGAUACAGGUAAUAAUAAACGAAGAAAUAUUGUACAUUUAAGGCCUGCCGGUAAACAGCUCAGGUAUAAUUUGUACAAAGAUAAUAAUAUUGUUUCGAAGCCUAGUUGGAUACGUAAGCGACGUGUUGUACCUCCAACUAAGCUUAAUUUAUAA